CUGGUUGUUUUGGUGUCAUGGUGAGCUGGAUCAUGUUGGCCGGGUUCUGUAGGGUCUCUUCUGUGUUCUGCAGGUUCUCCUCCGUGUUCAGGCAGCGCAGGUUUAUUUCCGCCGGUUCGGCCCGUUUUGUCUCCGGCUGUCAGGAGCGGCUCUGCCGGCCUCUGCUGUCCGGGGACGUGGAUCGGUUCGGAGGCGUAACGGUGCGAGACUUUCCGCCGGACAUCAGCGAGGACGAGUUUACCGAGCUGCUCCGGGUGUCUCUCGGUCGGUGGCGGUCAGACGGACGGGUGGCCGUAUGGCUGCAUGUGCCCAUCGCUCUCAGCAGACUCUCCGCAGCGGCGGCGCUUCACGGCUUCAGCUUCCAUCACGCCCGGAGAGACGUGGCUGUUCUCAGCCUGUGGCUCGGACCGGGAGAGGACAGACUGCCUGCGUUCGCCACACAUCAAGUAGGAGUCGCUGGUGCUGUUGUGGACGAAUCCAAUGGCAAAGUCCUUGUUGUUCAGGACAGAAACAAGACUAAGAAUGCUUGGAAGUUUCCCGGUGGUCUGUCAGAUCUUGGAGAAAACAUCGGCAAGACGGCCGUUCGGGAGGUUUUCGAAGAAACCGGGGUCCGAUCGCAGUUCCGUUCUCUCCUCAGUAUUCGUCAGCAGCACAGGCACCCGGGAGCGUUCGGGAUGUCUGACAUGUACCUGAUCUGCAGACUCAGCCCGCUUUCCUACCACAUCGACUUCUGCACUCAAGAAUGCCUGCGCUGCGAAUGGUUCGAUCUGGCCGAACUCGCCAAGACCGGCGAGACGACGCCGAUCACGAGCCGCGUCGCCAAACUUUUGCUGUACGGACUGGAAAACGGUUUUCACAACAUCGACCUGACGAUGGAGCAGCUGCCGGCCGUAUACACCGGCUUGUUCUAUCAGCUCUACCACAGACGACUGCCAGAGGAGUAGAGAUCUUAUAGAGCAAAACUACACACUAGCACAAAAUGAUUUUGUAUUGUUUUCAGGUACAAAUAUCUAAACAUUCUUAAAUCAAUAUGCAUUUACUGGAAAAGCAAAAUGACUUAAGAUAGUCUUGUUUUCUGAAACAUCUAUGACAUCAGUGAGUUUAUGAUUUAAACAAGAACAAAUAUCUGCAAAUGGUGCCAGAAAAUUAAUCAUUUCAAAAAGAAAAAAAUGAUUUUUUUCUGAGUUUUCAUUUGCAUUUUGUAUUGUUUUAAGCAGAAACUCACAUAAUUGACACAUUUUUCAGAAAACAAAACUUAAUAUCUUAAAUCAUUUUGAAUCUCCAGUAAACCUCCUGAUUUUUAAAAAAAUAAUAAUAAUAAUGGGAUAUUUGUACUUGAAAAUAAUACAAAAAAAAAAAAAACAA